CCAACUCGGAAUCACUUCCGUUCCUGCCUUACUAGUCAGCGAUGGAGGACGAUUCGGCAUCUUGGUAAAAGCUAGCGUUAUACGGAACACACGUUUAUUAAAUACUUUUCUAAAUUUUCUUGAUUCAAAAGCAGCGCUUUCAUUUAUUCCAAACUAAACGCCAAGAUGAGUUUUUUCCUAACUAAACGAGCAACAGCCAGCGUUUAUAAUCUGCUCGUUCCGCCUCAAAAUGGAGUCGUCGAGAUGCACUAUGGCACGGCUACUGGAGCCCCGUCCAAAAUGGAUAAUCAAAUGGAAACUUUGACCAGCGACAAUCCAGUACGACCCAAGAUUUUAGGAGUACACAGCGCCUGUAAAAGCGGUAUAUUGGAGAAUCAUGGGUCACUCCAGAAAAUCAAUGACGACGAGGGUUCUUUGCCUUGUACUCCAGAAUUGUCAUCUUCUAUGGAAUAUGGGUUAGAUUUGACCAGCAGCUGCCCUUCAGGUGAUAAAGUAUUGGAGCAUGAUACCAGAGAACUAAUAGGGAGUGUACUCCUGGACUACACGGGACAAUCUGGGUCGCAACGUAGUCGUAACCAAAGCAAAUCUUUUUCGACUAUGAAACGAGUGGUGGAAGACGUAAUUGAAAAACAUCAACUCGCGUACAAAGGUAUGAUCUCCAAACUGAGUUUGGAUGACCGAGGGGAUGACAUGAGUGUUAUCACGUCAGUGGCCAAGAACAUCUUCAGUGAUGGGACAACCAACUGGGGUCGUAUUGUCAGUCUGGUGGCUUUUGGGUCGGUGGUGUGCCAGUACCAGAAGAAAAAUGGCAGAGAGAACUGUGUUGAGUUGGUGGGCCAAGAGAUCUCCAAUUACCUCCUUGGUGAUCAACGAGACUGGCUGAUCAGCAACAAUUCAUGGGAGGGAUUUGUGGAAUUCUUUCGCAUUGCCGAUCCAGAAUCCACAGUGAGGAACACCCUAAUGGCAUUUGCUGGAGUUGCUGGGAUUGGGGCAACAUUGGCCCUAUUGAUCAGGUGAACUUGUUGGACUUGGGACUUUUUUCUCUCUUUCCAUGCCCAAGCAAUGAAGCAAAGACUAUUCCAUUACACUCUUCAACACCGAAGCGAAUGAUGUAGUUCACUGAAUAAUUUUCCUUUUUUCUUAUGACUAUAUGAGAAUUAUUUUGAGGUGUGUGUAAAUGUGUGCUUUUCCCCUACCCCCCCCAAUCAUGUUCCUUUUGUUUUGGGGGAUGCAUACUGUGUAAGGACACUUGAAACAGUUGGCACAAAUAGCUUCUUAUUUAUUAAAAUCUAUUUUUGUAAUAAAUGUAUAAAAUAAAAUCACUUUGCCAACUCUUUUGUACAUUUGUACUUUUGAAAUGGCAACUAAACACCCAUAAAUAGUCAAUGCCAUUUGUAACCAAGAUGGAGGCCUCAUCACUGCCUUAGAACCUUUUAUUUUUUAAAUGAGUUUCAGUUUGUUGCAAAAUUGUUAGUCUAAUAUCUGUUGUAAAUCAGUAAUGUCAAUGGAUGCAGAGUUAAAAAUGAAAAGUGGAACUUUGCUGACUUUGACUAAGGAUAUGGUUGACUGUAUGGUCAGACAUGCUACAGAAAAACCCUUUAUUAGAAAGUGUAGGAAAGACUGGGUUGUAAAGGCUGUACUUUUAGCCCAUCUUUCAACACAGCCCAUCCACCAUACCCGGGUCUAUGGUUUUCCUGGCAGUUUACAUGGUACAAAGGUAAAAUAUAUGGGUAAUAAUAUCCUGGUAAAAGACUGGUAAUAUUUGACAGUUUACGUUGUAAGACUUCAACAUUAGAGCGCAAUACAUUUCUAAAUUCACCUUAGGUUGAAUUUGUUUUUUUGUAAAAUUAUUUGUCUACCAGAAGGGCAAUUUGGUAAUCAUUGUCUGAAGCAAAAUUCACAUGGUGCUGAUGGAUGUAUGAUUGGAGACAGCCCUGUAUUGAAAUAUUUCAUGCUGAGAGCAUUCUUAGUCAUUUAGCUUGCAUCACAAAUCUACUCUAAAGCUACUGCUAUAGUUUUUCGCAGCAAUGUUUUUGGGACAAUUUUUCAGCCCUUCAUUGAGAUUCAGUUAAAUGGUGUCACAAUAUUUCCUUUUUUGGUAGUGGCUUCGAUUUAAUAAAUCAGACAUGCUAAACUUG